AUGGGACAAGGUUCUCCCGGCGGGAUGGGCAAACAGCCCGGGCUCCCGGGCGAUCGCAAGCAGGGAGACGGGAAGAAAGAGAAGAAAUAUGAACCACCCGCCGCCCCUUCCCGUGUCGGCCGGAGGCAGAAGCGGCAGAAGGGCUCCGAGGCGGCGGCGCGGCUCCCCGCCGUGGCGCCGCUCUCAAAGUGCCGCCUUCGCCUGCUCAAGCUCGAACGCGUCAAGGACUACCUCCUCAUGGAAGAGGAGUUCGUCGCCAGCCAGGAGCGCCUGCGCCCCAGCGAAGAUAAGACGGAGGAGGACCGAUCCAAGGUCGACGACCUCCGCGGCACCCCCAUGAGCGUCGGUUCGCUGGAGGAGAUCAUCGACGAGAGCCACGCCAUCGUCUCCUUGUCCGUCGGGCCCGAGUACUACGUCGGGAUACUUUCCUUCGUCGAUAAGGACCAGCUCGAGCCUGGAUGUGCCAUUCUGAUGCACAACAAGGUUCUGUCAGUGGUUGGUAUUUUGCAAGACGAAGUUGAUCCUAUGGUUUCUGUCAUGAAAGUUGAAAAGGCACCUUUGGAGUCUUAUGCUGACAUUGGUGGCUUGGAUGCUCAAAUUCAAGAAAUCAAAGAAGCAGUUGAACUUCCAUUAACACAUCCUGAGCUAUAUGAGGACAUUGGGAUCAGACCUCCGAAGGGAGUUAUACUAUAUGGGGAACCUGGAACAGGGAAAACUCUACUCGCAAAGGCUGUUGCCAAUUCCACAUCAGCAACGUUCUUGCGUGUUGUUGGGAGUGAAUUGAUCCAAAAGUACCUCGGUGAUGGUCCCAAGCUUGUUAGAGAAUUGUUCAGGGUGGCUGAUGAUCUUUCUCCUUCAAUUGUCUUUAUUGAUGAGAUUGAUGCAGUUGGGACAAAGAGGUAUGAUGCUCAUUCUGGUGGCGAGCGUGAGAUUCAGAGAACCAUGUUGGAGUUGUUAAAUCAGCUGGAUGGUUUUGAUUCAAGAGGAGAUGUUAAAGUUAUUCUAGCAACAAAUCGCAUUGAAAGUCUUGACCCAGCCUUGCUUCGCCCAGGUCGAAUUGACAGAAAGAUUGAAUUCCCUUUACCUGAUGUCAAGACCAGGCGACGCAUCUUCCAGAUACACACAUCGAAAAUGACACUGGCUGAUGAUGUAAACCUAGAAGAGUUUAUUAUGUCAAAAGAUGAGUUUUCAGGUGCCGACAUCAAGGCCAUUUGUACUGAAGCUGGCUUGCUUGCUUUGAGAGAGCGGCGGAUGAAGGUGACGCAUGCAGACUUCAAGAAGGCCAAAGAAAAGGUCAUGUUCAAGAAGAAAGAAGGCGUGCCGGAGGGCCUCUAUAUAUUGUUGCGUUCUGGCUGUAAAAACAGAGAUUUUUGCAUGUUUAGCAGUUCGACUUGCGGCUGGGAAAUUAUGGUUUUGCAUGUUUGGUUGGUGGGAUGGGGAUGGUGGACGGGGCAAGCCCCAGAUUCAAGGCUGUUCGGUUCCAAACGAGCGGGAUGGAAGUAUGGAACAAUCAACCAUCCCGGAAAGAUAUUCGGUGCAGAUGCAGAUGGAACCUGUCUCUUCAAAAUUCACCUCUCCUCGCCGUCUUCUCCGUCUCCAAGUUACAGAACUUGA